AUGGGCAGCUGCUGUGGCGAGAACGAAGGCGCCGCAAUGGAGAUUCAGAACGGCAUCAACACGAACGCCAUCUACGGACCUACAGAUGAGCUUGCCAAGACAAUCUUCGAGGAGAAUGGUUGCAGUCCGGUGGCGGAGAAGGAUAUGAACCAGAUGGGCAAAGCAGGCUGCAGCUACUUCAGCAUCUUCGAGAACGUCGCCCAUGCUGACCAUGACUAUGCCGCCAAUUGCGUGCCGGGUUUGGUCUGCAGCGCGGACGUUGUAGGCAUGACCAAGGGUCUGAUUGCAACCUACGGCGUGGUCAUGCAGAUUUUGCAGCCCAACCUUGGUUCGCUGGCAAACAUCUUCACGGGACCCAUCGACAAGUGCUAUGACGGCAUGAACAAGCUCAAUGCGGGCGAGUUGGAGCAUUCCUUUGUCACGACACCCAUUAUGGGCCCGUUUAAUAUUAAGCUCGGCGAGACUACGAAGAUGGUGGUUGAGGGCAUGAGCCAUGUCGGUGCUCUCGAUUCCCUGAAGAAUUGCCAGAACGCAACGGACGUUGGCUACCUGUUCGUCCACAAGAACCUCUACUGGAGCCACAAGAAGGAUGCCGUCGACCUCGAGGGCUUCUCGGAGUACAAGGCGUCGAAGGAAGCGGAGGAGGAGGCCAAGGCGAGGCAGAAGCAGAUGCAAGCAAUCGCGAAGUCCACAGACAAGGGCGACACGGAGGCUGCAGAGGAGACACUGGAGAAGGCCGAUGCCGAUGUCCCCCCUCCUAAGGCGGAGGUGGACCAGAGUGCCGUCACUUCCGCCAAGAACACCGGGAAGCUCUCGGUGCCCGUGGGCGGCAAGAUUGAGAUCAAGGGUGUGCCCAAGGAGGACUCCGCUGCUGUGGUGAAAGCGCUCGGGCUCGGCGAUAAAGUCAACAUUGCCGAUCGCCGCCUGUCCGAGACGCUCAUCUGA